AUGGCGACCAAUGCUUGUCUUGAAAUCUUUCAGAAUCUUCCCUUCAGCGUACGCAACAUGGACAUCGACAUCACUCACCAGGCGCUGGAGACAGAAGGGUCAAUGCAGCUGUGGCACCUGUGGACAGCAUCGAGGCCAGUGCUUCUCGAAGAGCAGCCCACCUGUGAUGACCCAGAGUGUGUCAAUGGUGGCGGUUGCGACCCCCUCCGCGACUACAUGUCCUGCAUUCGAUGCUUCGACAAUGACGACGGAAAGCACGACACGUGUAGUUGGCGCGAUCAAUACCUCUCCGUGUACCUGGCCCUCAAUAACCCUCACCUCUCCCCGGAGGAUUUAAAGUGUUUCCUCGCUCAUUACGCCAACCUCAAGAACUCGCCUCGAUUCUUUGCGGUGUCUCCCGGCCUUGAUGGCAAGAUGUAUACAGGCCUUCGAGAUGCCACUCGACUCCUCGAGGAUCUUCGUCAAGACCCGACCAUUAAGGCGUCGCCGCGGUUGGAUAGUUGCCUGAAAUCUCUCGAGUCGACAUUGGCAGACCUUCGAAUUCAUAACCUUUACAUCGCACUGGGUAUGUCCUUAUAA